UGGCUGAUCGCAGAUGGAGAUCUCUGAGGCGGGAGGGAGCGUGGUAUGUCUGUGCCAGUGCUUAUCAGAGGUUUAAACUGCCCUGAUAGCAUUUGUUCUCGAGUCGCUAUUAAUAGCAGGGCCUACAGAUAGCUCUGGAUGUGAUAGCUGACAACUUUCCUCAUCAUAUAGGCAACGAAUGAGCAGAAGUGUUUCUAUUUUAAACUUAGCUUUGACAAGUAAUAGAACUUCAAAGAAAAGCGGUUCGUAGAAAAUAACCUUGGGGAGAGUUACCACAAGAGGCUGAAGAGGAAGAAUAAACAUACGGCUGCAACCUUAAGGAUCUCCGAUAAAGGACGAGGCUGGUUUUUCUUAGCCAGCUGUGCUCUGGGGGAUUUGUAUUAGUUUCAAAAUUCUGUGUUUAAGCUAAGGGUGCUAAUAAACCUUGGCAGAGGUGCAAACUAAGAGACUCCAACCGUCAUGUUAAGGUAAAGCAGAAAAGUGCAGUGCUGAACAUGCUAAAGAAGUUGGACAAAAUAAGGUUCAGAGGUCACAAGAGAGAUGAGUUCCUUGAUUUAGCAGAGUCUCCAAAUGCUUCUGACACUGAAUGUGGAGAUGAAAUCCCGGUGAAAAUACCUCGAACAUCAGCCCGAGACAAUGAAGAGCUGAGAGACCCUGCUGGUCCAGGGACCAUCAUCAUGGCUUCAGGAGUCCAGGAUUUUAACAGAACGGAGUCUGACAGGCUGAAUGAGAUCAAAGGUCACCUGGAAAUAGCCUUACUGGAAAAACACUUUUUGCAGGAGGAACUCAGGAAGCUGAGAGAAGAAACAAACGCUGAAACAUUAAGGCAAGAGCUGGAAAAGGAACGACAGAGGAGACUAGAACUAGAACAAAAAGUCAAUGAAGUACUUAAAGCAAGAGCUGAAGAGGUGCCUGCAACACAGCAAGCUACAAAGCCACAGACACAAGCUAAUGGAACAGAUAAGCGUAGUCAUACAGUAUGUUCAAGACUCCAAAAGUGGUUUUGUGACAAAUUUGGGGAGUAUGUUGAGGACUUCAGAUUUCAGCCAGAGGAAAAUACAGUGGAAACAGAGGAGCCACUUAGUGCUAGAAGGUUGACUGAAAAUAUGAGAAGAUUAAAGAGAGGUGCCAAACCCGUUACUAAUUUUGUGAAGAAUCUUUCUGCCUUAUCAGACUGGUAUUCUAUCUACACUUCUGCUAUUGCCUUUAUUAUUUACAUGAAUGCUGUAUGGCAUGGCUGGGCCAUUCCUAUGUUCUUAUUUUUAGCAAUUUUGAGGUUGUCCCUAAAUUACCUCAUAGCCAGGGGUUGGAGAAUACAGUGGAGCAUUGUGCCUGAAGUUUCUGAACCCGUGGAACCCCCGAAAGAGGACCUGACGGUAUCUGAAAAGUUUCAGCUUGUUCUAGAUGUGGCUCAGAAGGCUCAGAACCUUUUUGGAAAGAUGGCAGACAUACUGGAAAAAAUCAAAAACUUGUUCAUGUGGGUCCAACCAGAAAUAACACAGAAGCUCUACAUUGCUCUAUGGGCGGCUUUUAUUGCAUCCUGCUUUUUGCCCUACAGGAUUAUUGGUCUUGCAAUGGGACUCUAUGCCGGAAUCAAGUUUUUCCUUAUUGAUUUCAUCUUCAAACGAUGCCCCAGACUAAGAGCUAAGUAUGAUACUCCUUAUAUCAUCUGGACAAGCCUCCCAACAGAUCCACAGCUCAAAGAACGAUCUAAUGCUACAGUGUCGAGACGGCUUCAGACAGCAGCAUCCAGAAGUUAUGUGGGCUCAAAUGCCCCGACCGGAAUAAACAAAGAUGAGGACACGAGUCGUUUCCAUACCACCAAGAGGGGCAAUUUCCAUGAAGUUUUUAACUUGUCAGAAAAUGAGCGUCCUUUAGCAGUGUGUGAAAAUGGCUGGCGCUGCUGCUUGAUUAAUAGAGAUAGGAAGAUGCCUACAGACUACAUCAGGAAUGGAAUUCUUUAUGUCACAGAAAAUUACUUGUGCUUUGAAAGCUCCAAAUCUGGCUCAUCUAAAAGAAAUAAGGUUAUAAAGCUAACGGAUAUAACGGAUAUUCAGAAGUAUAAAGUGCUCUCUGUUCUCCCGGGAUCAGGGAUGGGUAUUGCUGUAUCAACACCAUCUACACAAAAACCUUUGGUGUUUGGUGCCAUGGUACACCGAGAUGAAGCUUUUGAGACGAUUUUCAACCAGUAUGUGAAAAUAACGUCUGCAUCAUCCAACAGUGAGAGCUAGUAUCUUAUCAUAGAAGACCUAAAGGAAACUUUCUUAUUUUACAACUUGGUAGUGAAAAAAAAUGAACAUCCUCAUCUAUUUUGCAAUAAUUUUUCUUGUCUGGUGGUUUAUAUUCUAUCUGUUACAUAAAUCAAGUGUAUUUUAUAUAUGCCUUCAUGUUUGUUUUUAAGGUUUUUGUAAAAAACAAACAAAAAAACACAAAAAACAAAAUGAAACAAGACGGUGAAAGUGCUAUCAUCACUAUUAGCCUUGCACAUUAAGCACUUUUAAUGUUUAUUUACUGACAUUAAAAGCUGGGAAGACACUUGGAGAACUGACUAGAUAAUGGACUGAAACAGGUUGAUCCCUUUAACUCCACUGAUACCACUAGGGAUACAUUUGUCCCAUUAUCUCUUUUUUUUUUUUUUUUUCCCCAAGACAUGAGAAUGACAACUCUAGUAGCCUGAAGUCUGUUUCUUCAGCUCUGAGUUUUUAAUUGGGUUCUAUAUUAUUCUGAUAGCAACACCAAGGAAGUAUUAUCAUCUUAGUAUUUCUGUAUUUGUGAAUGUACUUAAAAUAACUCCUCCUUGCUAAUACUUGCAUUGCAGAAGGAUAUUUUACUGGUUGGGUUAGGUUCAGAUUUUCCUGCAUACAGAGGUUUAAAUUGUUUGUACAGUGAAUUGGAGGAAAAAGUUUGUAACUAUAUCUUCCUUUCCUAAUUAACCAAAGUAAGAGGAAGGAAGGCAGGCAGAUACUUUUUAUAAAAGACGGCAUCAAAAUGUUGUUCCUAAAAUGUUAGGCAUCGUAUAUUUGUAUUUCUGUAGAUACUUGUCGUAGAAGGGCUCAACUAUUGUACAUGUUGUAUGUACAAGGUGUUUGUAUGUUAAUGCAUAAAAGACUUGCAGGCUUUUUGUGUUGGGGGAGGUGGGAAUAAUUAAACUAAACUGAGACAUGACUCUCUUUAAUUUAGCUUUUCUCUUGAGUUACCUUAUAACAACACUAUAAUAUAGCAACUGAAAGCACUGUUUCCUUUUCAGAACAUAAUUUGAGGGGCACUGGAAUGUUGCUGUGUUUCCCUGCGCAAAAUUAAAUUUUAGUUACAAUUAACCAAUUGCCAGGUAAAACAGGAAGGCUGGGCUCCUUAUCUAAACCCUCUCAGGCCUUUCUAGCAGCAAAGCACAUAUUUGACCUUCGUCUUUAAUACAGAAAGCUUUUAUAUUCUAUACAAUAGCACCCUUCUGAGAGGUUUAGAAUUAUAUUUGCAUUUUUCUUAAAGCACAGUAGGAGUUACGCUAUGCCUUCCCGUUUGUCUUCUCCUUUGCUAUGUCCUUUGAGUUGCUAGUGUGGAUGUCUCCAGACAUCAUAUGAAGGUCCCCCAGAAAACUAAUUUUGCAGAUGCAAAUUCUUACCUAAAAAAUGGGACUUAGUUUUAUGGAUUUCUUUUUUAAUCGGGGAUUUUUCUUUCUUUAUGGGGAAAGGGGUAAAAUGAAGGAUGGGCAGGGGAGCCAAGCACCAAAGGGUCUUUAACUCUUAGCACAAUUUUUACUUAAAGUCUCUCAACAAAUGCAGCGGUACUGAAGAAGGUGGCAGUCAAACUGUGCAAACCUAUUUCAGUCUGGCCAUGACGAGGUAUGAUAGAAGACCUUGAUGUGAGCUUGACGUGAAGAAAUACUGUUGAAUACUGUGAUUUGGUUGGGUGUUGUAAAGUAAAACACUGACUGCAGUAAAAUUCCAUUCCCUGAGUUGGAACUGUGAACACGAGGUGGGGACAAUCAACCAGAAGGGCUAGGAUGUAAUUUUUGAGCUCAUUGGUUAGAGCACCUUUACGUGACCAGAAAAAGGGGCACAUUUUUAACACCUCCUUAGGUAUGGUGUAUAUCAGGACAUGAAAGCUUAACAUACAAGUGAAGUUGGCUGAGAAAUGCGUUUUGCCACCAUCUAAUAUGGAUAUAGCUUGACAGUUUAUGGCUUCUUCACUUUACAUAUGCAGGUUUUUUGUUUAAAAUCCUUGAACUUAAAUUUUUUCUUCAAACCUGCUUUAAAGUCAAUUAAUCUUUUUUUUUUUGUAACUGCUGUGUAUUAUCAUUUGACCUUCCUUUCCAGAAGCUUCCUUGAAUAGUAAGUGUGGCUAAUAGGCAUUAAAAUCGCUUAAUGUUAUAUAAAUCUUAACCAGAUUCAUUCAUUUUGUCUUAAAAAUCUCUUGUGUGUGUUUAAAGCUAUUGUUUUUUUUCCUGAGAAAACAGAAAACUAUAUUUUUUACAGAGAGCAUGCUCUUUUUCUUAUUUUUGUAUCAUUUUUUCAAGUGUAAUUUAUAUCUUCACUCUGAUCAUAGCAGCAGUUUCAGUAGGAAAUCAGUUGACUGGCACUUACUACUCCCCCCACACAUCCCCCUUCGCUGUUUGACCCUAGCAUACAGGGUUGUCCUAGAUCCUGGUUCCCAAAGGAGCCAUACAUAGGUCCUGUGCUUGUGGUGCCAGGACAAUUAACCACGCCUAGGCUUCAGAGAGGGAGAAAAGAAAUAAUUAUUCUUUUCCCAGCCUGAAAUGCCUCAUGCGCAAUAUGCUCUUUUUUUUUUUUUUUCUGAGCAAAGAUAUUAGAAACUUGUUAGGAAAUCUCAUGUGUCGGCAUUCAAAAUUAAUCCACGCUUUAACGUGUGAAUUUAAAGACGAACUACUCUUAAAGCAGUAAACCUAGUGCAAACUGCAAUGCAACAUCAUUUCAUUCUAACGUGUAGAAAAAAGACUGGAUUUUUUUUUUUUUAAGAAUUGUAAUAUAACUGUCAGACAUCUAUGUACAUAUUUGACAAAGUUCACUUACAUUAGGUUGUCCAGGUUACUGCUAUGGAAUUGCUCAUGUGUUACAGAACAUCAGAGCUGGUAGAAAGUCCCCUCGGUGUGUUUACUCAUGAAUACUCCCGUGCCUGCUCAUCUGCUACAUCCUCAUGGGCUUGGAGGGCAGGAGGGGAUGGACAGUUGAGUAAAUAAGUACUUGACUUGUACAAUUACACUCCAGUUAACCUUAAAUUCCAGUUGUCCUACCGAGCUUUGCAGUGUAGCCUGCUCUGCUUCAUCAGCAGGCUGGGUAGCAUCACUUAAUGUAAAGUGUUACUUUCUAAUAGCAGAAGGUGAUGUUCUUGUCUUUCUGUUUGCUGCUUAUAUUUGCAGUUCUAUUGAUGUGUGUGGUUCACUGCUGGAUCAUUCAGGUGUAAUUGGGUUUAGCUUUUUUCAGUAGAAUUGCAUUGGUUAGUUUGAGUCCCUUUUAAAGGAGGAAAAAAAGGGAGAUGAAAACUGACUGCUUUAAUUAUUUAUUGAUGACCAUUUAAAUUCAAAAGGCAAAAAAAAAAAAGCUGAAAUAUGAAAUCAUGCCUUUCUGUACACUGUAGCUUUUGUGAGGCAAGAUUGAGAGAAACAAGCUAUUUAUAAGUAGCAACACCACACAGGAAGCCAGCAGCAAAACCCUACUAUUGUUCCUGCAGACAAAGAAAAACACAAUUUUACCCAAUCUUGAAGAGAUGAAAGGAUGUACUUUUUUUUGGCUACUUAAACUUGUAUUAAAAACACUGGUAGUUUUUAUUGAAUUCUGUACAUUUUGGCAGAUGUUUAAUUUCUACUUCUAAUCAUUGAAAUAUAAUGGAUGUUAAAAUUUUUAUGUCUGAAGUUCGAGUCUAUAUUUUGAAGUUGUAAAUAACUCAUUAUCAGUGUAACUUUUGUUUGACAAAAGACUUAUACUGUAUGAAAAAUUGAAAUAAUGAAAUAAUUUGCCCUGUACAUUUUUUAAGAAAAUCUUGUUUGUUUAAAAAGUCUUGUAUAAAUUAUAAUUUUUAUUUAAAUAAACAUAAAAAUGCUUUGUGC